GAUUACAAGAGGAUGGGAAAGAGACAAGCUUCCGCUCACCCUUUCCGUGCUCUAGGGUUUCCGGUUCGGGCUUCUUCCCUGUAGAUUCGAAGAAGAAGAGGGCGAAAUUGACGACGAAGUUAUGUGGGCAGCCUCGUGCCUCGCCUCUUGUUGCGCGUCCUGCGCUUGCGAGGCGUGCCGCUCGGUCGCCGGCAGCAUCAGCCGCCGCUCCGCUCGCAUCGCCUACUGCGGCCUCUUCGCCUUGUCCCUCGUCAUCUCGUGGAUCCUACGCGAGGUGGCCGCUCCUCUCAUGGAGUCCCUACCGUGGAUUAAUCACUUCCAGAAGAUGCCCGAUAGGGAAUGGUUUGAGACCAGCGCCGUUCUUCGCGUCAGCUUGGGGAAUUUCCUGUUUUUCACGAUUCUAGCUGUUCUUAUGAUUGGUAUAAAGAAUCAGAAGGAUCCGCGCGAUCGUCUGCACCAUGGUGGUUGGAUGGCGAAGAUUGUCUGCUGGUGUGUUGUGGUCUUUCUUAUGUUCUUCGUCCCCAAUGGCGUCGUCAGCUUCUAUGAGUCAAUAUCAAAAUUUGGUUCUGGAUUGUUUCUCCUGGUUCAAGUAAUUCUCUUGCUUGACUUUGUACAUGCUUGGAAUGAAAAUUGGGUCUCAAAGGACGAGCAGUUCUGGUACAUGGCUUUGUUAAUUGUCUCAAUGGUUUGCUACUUAGCAACAUUCACCUUUGCCGGGGUGCUCUUUCACUGGUUUACUCCAUCAGGACUUGACUGUGGACUCAAUACCUUUUUCAUUGUUCUUACGUUGAUUCUAGUGUUCGUUUUUGCUACAAUUGCAUUGCAUCCAAAGGUAAAUGGAAGCCUGCUGCCAGCAUCAGUUAUUUCACUUUACUGCACUUACCUCUGUUACAGUGGGCUUUCAAGUGAACCGAGGGAUUAUGAGUGCAAUGGCCUUCACAACCAUUCAAAAGCCAUUUCGACUGGAAGUCUCACUCUAGGAUUGUUUACGACUGUGCUCUCAGUUGUCUACUCCGCCGUUCGCGCUGGCUCCUCGACAACCUUUGUAUCAUCCCCAAGUUCACCUCGUGCCGGGUCCGAGAAACCAUUGCUCCCGUUUGACAAGCUGGACGAACAGAAAGACGAGAAGAAGGAUGAAUCAAAACCAGUUUCUUACUCAUAUACCUUCUUCCACCUCAUCUUCUCUCUCGCAAGCAUGUACUCAGCCAUGCUCCUGACUGGCUGGUCGACCUCGGUCGGAGAAAGCGGAAAGCUCGUCGACGUCGGGUGGCCUUCUGUGUGGGUUAGGAUUGCCACUGGGUGGGCAACCGCGGGUCUCUUCAUCUGGUCCCUUAUUGCUCCUCUCAUAUUCCCGGACAGAGAGUUCUGAUUACGUCGAGGAAGAAGAGCCUCGUGUGACCUAUAUCAAGAUGUUGUGGUGCGUUUACUUACGACUCUAUGAUGGCGCUUUGAGUAUUUGGAUUAUUAUAAAUGAUAUGAUGGCAAUGCCAGUCUGAGCUUCUAAUUAAUCUAUGGAAAUAAUCUAUGGACAUGAUGUGUUAUCAAGUAUGAAAGAUGGUCUACUUUGGUGUAAA